CCGGAAUGGAUAAUGAUUUUUUCUACGAUUUCAGUGUCAAUUUAGCUUCUGCUCAAAAUCUCCAAUCCUUUUUUCUCCGCUUCUUCCAAACUCAAUUAUAAUUUCUACUUACUCCAUAUUUCCCCUCGUUGUAAUGAUUAUAAAAGGAUUAUUUAGAAGAUAUAAAAAAUGGAACCCUGUUCAUCCAACUUAUGGAGCCUUUUAUGGAAUGGGUUUUGGAAUAGGUUGUGGUGUUGGAUGGGGUCCUGGGUUUGGUCCUGAAGUUGUUGGCUAUGUUGGAUCUGGUUGUGGCGUUGGAUUCAAUGUUGGUGUUACUCUUGCUGGCUUUGGAAUUGGUCUUCCAGCUAAUGUUAUCUUUGCAGCUCCGUAUAAUGCUUUUCUGGCAACAAAAAGCUCUGCAUUGAAGUUAGCACGUUCUGGUACACAAACCGCCGAGGACGUUUGGAUUAGAAAUUCACCUCUUAUGUCUGAUUUUCAACGAGAAGCCGGUGAAAAGUUCUCUUGCUUUCGCCAAAAGUAUUUAUCAAUCAAUGGAACUGAUUUCUUUGACGUGAAGAACAGCUUGCCUUUGCUUACUGCAUCUGCCUGUAAAAAUAUUCAAACAUUUCAUGACCAAUUUUUCCCUCAUAAAGGAAAAGAAGAUUCCUAAAACAACUAUUGCUUUUGUGGUUACUUUUUGAUGGAACUCUUAGUUUCUCAUUUUGUUAACAUGGAACAAGAGGUCUUAUUCGUAGCACUGAAGUUUAUUUCCUCCAGACUCUCCUAGCCUUCGAUUCCAGGAUGGAGAGAACACAUCAGUGACAAGAAAGACUAAAAGGUUUUCGACAAAUAGAGAAGAAUAUCAAGUCAGAUAUUGUUGACGUGUCAGUUAUUAAAAAAUGUUACUGGUAUCAUGAUUUGUGAAGAAAUAUAGGAUAAUUUUGUUUUCAAGUCCACAAGUUAAAAACAUCUAUUUACUCUUCACUAAGUUGGUCUGAUCUUGUGUUAUGAGUUGUUAAUAUAUGUUGGUGUUUAGCAUAUAAUAUUAGAGGCUUCUUGAAAUAUGUUGGUCAAAUAAAAUGUAAGAUUUUUUUAUCUAAUAGAUAAUGACUAAAUUUUACUCUUUAAAUAUGAAUAAGGAAAAUGUUAAAUAUUCAAACAUGAGUAUGCGCCCUUGUAAAGCUUGCUUAAAAUUAUAUAAGAAAUUAAUUUUAUGUAAGAGAAUAAUAUUAAGUAAAUAAUAUAUUAAUACGAUGGUGUAAACUUUUUUUAAUGAUUAAAUAGUCUAGUGAUCAGACUCACACUUAAAGCGUAGAGAAGUAAAAAAUCUCAAGUUCGAACUCGAAGUAAAAAAUCUUGAGUUAAAAUCUCAAGUUCGAACCUGAAGUAAAA